CAUUGUCAGUAUCAGUAACAAUUACCUACUAGAAGUACGUACAGCUGAAGUUCAAUUCUUACGGAUACUAUAACUUAGACAGUAAUAGUUUCCGCCAUUUCACAUCCUCUAUGUCAGCUCACUCUAAGUCUAGUGGGGAUCGUUUACUGAUAAGCUAACCAUGAUGUACAAGUUUUUCUUGGGAUUAGCCGCUGUGAUGACCUUGGCCUGUGUAUCUGAUGGAUCUAAGCUUAUUGUCAUUCUUAUGGACGGAUUCCGGUGGGAUUAUUUUCAAAAUGUCCAUAUGCCUGGUUUUUCAGAAAUGGCGCAAGAUGGUGUGAAAUCGGAGUACAUUGUUCCUGAUUACCCAUCGAUAUCUUAUCCAAACUUUUACUCCCUCAUGACAGGUGUACAUUGCGAAAAUCAUGGAAUGGUCGGGAAUUUUAUGUAUGACACGACUCGUGACAAAAACUUUCUGAUCGGACUUAACCCUGACCAAGGUUUAUCAUUUUGGUGGGAGGAUGCCGAGCCCUUGUGGAUUACUGCAGAGAAACAGGGCAAAAAAUCGUACAUGUUUUAUUGGCCCGGAUGUGACGUCACAAUUAGAGGAACGACUCCUACACAUUGUGAUAAAUAUACCAAAGUUACCCUUCUUGCUGACUUUCGAAACUCGCUUCACCAAACCAUGGGUCUUCUAAGAAACAAUUCAGCUGAUCUCAUUGGAAUAUAUUUGGAAGCUAUAGACUCAUAUGGCCAUAAAUAUGGUGUAAACUCGCCUCAAUUAAACCAACUGCUCCUUGAUGUUGACAAAACGCUACAAGAUUUCCGGCAGAAUUUGACGUCAAAUGGUCUUAAUGAUGACGUCAAUAUCAUCGUAUUUUCCGACCACGGAAUGACGAAUUUAACGCAGAUCGUCAAUAUCACCGAUGUCCUGAAUAUGUCAAAUAUCAAAGUCAUCUUCCAGGAACCACCUUACGUAACGAUUUGGCCAGAGGAAGGACAAAUUGAAAAAGUUUACAAUGAUUUAGUGAGAGCCAACAAACCAAAUAUAACAGUGUUUAAGAAGGAAGAUCUUCCGGAGCGGUAUCACCUCAAAAGACAUCCUCGGACGGCGCCCAUUGUGAUCCGACCAGACAGCGGGGUCGCCGUCGUGGCGCCAUGGAAAUGCAGCGAGUGCUCCGUCAUUCCAUCCGGAACCACUGACAUUGGUUUCCAUGGAUACGAUAAUAAACUGCCAGAUAUGAGGGCAAUAUUUAGGGCAACGGGACCAGCCUUCAAGAGAAAUUUUACAAAUGGACCACUAGCAAACAUCGAACUUUACCAGAUAAUGUGCAAAGUUCUUGGCAUACAACCCAAUGCACACAAUGGAACUUGGAGCAAUGUCGCAAACAUGAUGAUGGUGGAACCGACCAAUUCCAGCAGUAGUUCCUAUGAACUUGCAAUGUUUCAAGUUUUUAUUGUUUUUAUAUGUUCUUACAUAAGUCAAUGGAACUAUUAAAAAAUUGUUUUUUAUUACAAGUGGAUUAGUUUUUAUAUUUGGAGAAAACCCUAUAUGAAUAUCCGGUUUACAACACAAGCUGUGAAUAUUUCGAAUGUGUGAGAUAAAGUUAUUGUUUUUUUAUGAAUAACGUUUACUACUCGCAUGUAUUUCCCAUUUACCUUUUAUUAUUUUAUUAUUUUUUUAAAAGGCAUAUUUGUGAAAGUUGUGCAGUGUAUGUAAUAAUCAUUAUUAGCUGUAUCCAUAAAC